GUUUCAUUCCAUCUUCAAAAAAAAAGCAGUGUUUAAUAUUCCUCUUCUUCACCGCAAACAACAUAAUGACGAAAGCUCGUGAGUCAACGUGAUCGUGCUCGCGAUCGGUAGUUUCUGAAUGCGACACGCACCGCUCACCGUCGUACGCACAGGUCAGCGGUAUCGUUGGCUCAGUUUGAACUGGUUCCAUCUUUACCAAACCGACCAUAUCGUUCGUGCAACGUCGCAGUGCAAGCGAAAUGCCCGUGACACCCGGUUGGUUGUUCACGUCUCGUCCACUGCACCUUCGUACACCUGGUAGUUUGAAUCGGUUUGAUGCGGUUUUUCAGCUGUACCUUGGUUAACGUUAAUCGAAAAUAUGUAUGCAUGUGUGUGUGUAUCUUUUGUUGUUGUUGUUUUUGUUGUUGGUGAGCGAGAGAGUGACACGUUAUCUCACUAAAAAUGCCACUCCAGUUCCGGUCGAGUGUUGCGAACUGUGUUCCAGUCGAUGGGGUUGAUGCUUUUGGGGUGGGAGCCUUGUGCUGUCCGACCGUUUUUGCUAAUAAAGUUCUUGAGCGGAUAUGAUUCUGCUGCUCAUAAGUGACUUAUCUACCGUGCUGAAAGGUGUUCUAGUUUGCUUAAGCCGCAUACUCUGCGCAGUGUAAAGAAAAAGUGGUGAAUUUGUGAGAGAAUUUCUAGAUGUCAGUAGCAAACAGUUGUUCAAUGCGUGUUUGAUUAACCGGUUAGGAAUGUUUCCAAGCGGGAAGGUCUUUUUAAUUUAAGAAACUUCGUAAACAAAGUAUAUUGGAUGAUGGAUUGCUGUUUGUAAGAUUGUUUGUUUCUGGUGAUGUUUACAUCCAUUUAGAAAAUUUGUUUUUCAAAAGAAACACAACUUCCGGUCCUGCCUGGUGUGAUUUGAUGAAGUGCUAACCAAAACUCGCCAAAGGUUACCCGAUUUGUCGUUCAAAUGUGAUUUUAUGUUGUAUUCCGACAAAAGAUAUUCGUCCGGUAGGUAAAAGUACGUCCCCAUUUAUAUCCAUUAGCCAUUUUGUUGUGUCCCUCAUCGGGUGAGGAACAACGGAAAGUGCACAAGCGUGAAAUGUUUAUGAAAAUUUACGACCAAAGUUUAACUAUUUUCAAAACGUCCAUUUAUGGCUAGGAAAGAGAAUGUCGCUUUUCCAUUUUUGCUUCCCGAACCGAGCCAUUGUGAUACGAAACAGAUGAUUGACGAUCGUGUCGUACAUUCCGACCCCAUCUCAAAAAAAAGCUCAGCUAAAACAGCAGUUAAAACACGAGGCACUGACGGAGUGCAUUAAUAUUCGCAUUAAAAAACCCCCCCUCGGACAGUAGUGCUAGUGUGUGGCUCGAGGCAAGUGAAUUCGCGAAUGCAAUACAGAACGGGAAGCUUUGGAUUGAUCGUACUGCUGCAGUUUAGAACGUUUCUCAAGUAUCGUGAAGUGCCGCACCGGAAGCGCCAAUUUCGUUGAGGAAAAAAACAAACAAGAAUAAAACACACACUUUCAUCUUCAGGCUGUGUACGUCUACGUGGAGAUGUAAAUCACUCGCCCAAAAACGCAAAAGACCCCGAAGCUACCAGACCGCCAUUACGGUACGAACAGCAAAAUUAAGUUCUUCACCAUCUCUUCACCGGAAACGGGUCAUCGUACAAAAGCUUCCAACUUGGUGUCUGUCUGUGUGCGUGUGUGUGUGUAUAGAAAAUUCUUACAAGUGUGAAUAAGAUCGAAAGCGUCUACUCGCCAUAGUGUGCCUAUUGACCGGAAAUCCUUAGCGCGUGUGACAACAAAAGAGCAUCACGGAAUACGGAGUUAUUCCAGUAGGAAAUGGCGCACAAAAUGUCCACUGCAACUGUUCAGUGGUGGUGUUUUGUGGUGUUGGUGGUGUGCUUUGUCGCACUCGGUGCAGUUGAGUCGGCUUCGACCAGGCUUGGUGGCGUCGCGGAGGACGAUGUGGAGUUAAGGAGCGAUAGUGAAGGAAACGAACCGUCGGGUGACUCGAAACCAUCGUUCACUGUCUACGAUUACUUGGUUGUCGGUUCCAUGCUGGUCAUCUCAAUAGGCAUCGGCGUGUUUUAUGGUUGGUUUGAGCCGAAGGGCACAACGGAUGUGAACGGUUGCGAAGCGGACUCUAGCAAUGACUUCCUGCUUGGUUCGGGCAUGAGCUUGUUUCCGGUGACGCUUAGCCUUACCACCAGCUUCAUUACGGCUAUCGAGCUGCUCGGCAACCCGUCGGAGAUGUUCUUCAAUGGCACGCAGUUCUCGCUAAUUGUCAUCUCGAUGGUACUGGUUGUACCGAUUGCGGUGAAGGUGUUCUACCCGAUCUACUACAAAUUGGAGGUCACCAGUUGUUACGAAUAUCUUGGGAUGCGGUUCGAUAAGCGGAUCAGAAUUUUCGGAGCGGUACUUUACAUUCUCCAGAUGCUGUUCUACACGUCGGUAGCCGUCUUGGCACCUGCCAUCGCCCUCUCGGAAGCAACAGGUCUGAACAAGUACAUUGCCGUCGUCUUGAUCUACUUUGUGUGCAUCUUCUACUCGUCUCAGGGUGGCAUGAAGGCGGUCGUUAUCGCUGAUACGUUCCAGGCUUUUGUGUUGCUGCUUUCGCUCAUACUAAUACUCGUGCUCGGUACACACUACUCGGCCGGACUGUCCGAGGUGUUUAGUCGUGCGGCGGAACACGAAAGGAUUGAAUUUUUCAACUUCGAUCCGGAUCCGACGACCCGGCAUUCGGUGUUUUCCGUCAUCAUCGGUGGCUUUUUCUACUGGACCUCAAUGUUCUGCACCAAUCAGGCGUCCGUUCAAAAAUGCAUGUCAUUAAAAUCGUUGAAAACGGCCAAACUUGCACUCUAUUUUUCGCUGAUCGGAUUGAUUGCGGUGUUUUUGAUGAACUUCUACACGGGAUUGAUGACUUUCGCACACUAUUCCGACUGUGACCCGCUGGCGGUGGGCCAGAUCACGGCCAAGGAUCAACUGCUGCCGUUCUACGUGAUGGAUGUGUUCGGACAUAUCAAAUGUAUGGCGGGCAUAUUUGUGGCCGGUAUAUUUGCAGCCAGCUUGGGCACCGUUGCAGCGGCACUGAACUCGUUGGCGGCAGUCGCAUCCGAGGAUUUGCUCGAGGCCGGUAUGGAAAUAAAGAUCCCGGACGGGAAGGGUGCACUGUACGCGAAAUGGAUGUCCCUGGGCUUUGGAUUGGUUUCAUUCGGUUUGGUAUUUGUGGUGGAACGGCUCGGUGGAAUUCUGCAGGCCACCCUGACACUGAACGGGCUGAUCGGUGGCGUUACGCUUGGGCUGUUUAGUCUUGGAAUAUUUUUCCGCCGUGCAAACAGUAAGGGUGCGCUAUUUGGUGGAAUCGUAUCGAUAGUGGUGGUCAUAGUGGUUGGAGUGUUGGCACAGCUUAACAACGGAGAAACACCACCACUGCCCUCAUCGGUGGACGGUUGUAACGUGACGAUACCACUAAACUCUCCACUAACACAUGAAGGAUUUGCGUACGAAAUCGCACCAUCCGAUGGUUUGGUUAGCGUGGCGUUGCAGCAUUCUGGAAAUGAAGCUUUCGAACAUCUGCUAACGAUCGCCACCAAAGAUGGCUGGAGCAAUGGUGGAGAGUUGGAAAAUAAUUUCUACAGGCUGUCCAAUGACGAUGCUGCACCUUCGCUCCAGAGUGAUGUGUUAAAGGUAUCCACCAGACAGCAGGAGGAUUCAACCGACGGUGCGUCCUCAUGGUUUGCGGCCGUAUACCAAAUCAGCUACAUGUGGUACAGUUGCCUCGGGACAUUGCUGACGGUGAUCUUCGGCUUACUCAUCUCGCUAUUCACAUCGGACAGUUCGUGGAGCUGCUGGAACCGGUCUACGAUUGCAUCGGUUCUACCGACCAGUAACAUGUGCGGUAACCUCCAAGGAAUCAAUCCAAUCUGCUGUCGGUAGUGGUGAUGAAAAACGUAACAAACUCAGCGUUGGUUCGAUGGCUCCGCUAGCACUGAUGAUGGGUACAUCGGUAAAGCACACCCCGGCCGAUGGUUCUAGUAACGCGAAGUCAAAGGAAAUUCUGGCGAACGAAGCAAGCAUUGGUUCCAGUGUCGCGAGCUUAUACUCCAUCGACCAGCAAACGAUUACCUCCGAGCUUGAGGGAUCGUACACGGAAGAAGAUAGAAAGGAAGACCCGGAACGUACAGUAGCGUUAGGGCCAGAACGAUGGACGAAUCGUGGCGGUAUUAGCGGGUACGCUACUUUUCCCACGACACAAUCUUCCGUGAAGGUGGAAAGUGAACGAUUUUAAUUAUGAAUUUCUAAAGCUUCCAUUUCCGUACGAAAAGCAUUCCCAAUCAGCUCAGGAGCAAGCGGGUACGGUUCAUGCCUGAAGGUAGCGAUAGAUAUUUUCGUUCAAUAAUUUUUCAUCUAUCGAAAGGAAAUGAGACUAUACCGAUGAAGGAGGACCAGCAUUUCUCAGGUGUCCUCUAUUAUGUAAGCUAGGGUUUUCCAAUCGAUACUCGAAAUUGUGGGACAUGUGUAUUGCUUUUUUGAUAGAACAGAGCACGUAUUUAUACACCUUUGCAUUACGCUACUAACGUUUCACUGCAUCAGAAACUCGAAACCGAGUGGACUUUUUGUUUGCCUUAUCAUAGACUCGUAUUUUGUUGGUUAAAAGUUAGUGCACCCUACCCUACACUCAGUAUUUAUCAUUUUGAUUUUAUGUACAAACCCUUCCCCCUCCAUCCCCGAAUACCAGUGAAAGGGUAAUGAAAAUGUUUAGCUCGUAUGUACGACGAUGGAGAUGUUGAAUCUGGUCUGUUGCAGCUUUUUAACUUAUAAAUGUACGGCACGAUUGCAUACUUUCGGGCGGAAAUAAAACAUCGGCCAUGCUGCCGGAUAUUUGUUUUCUAGAAA